CGAGUUCUGUGCAAUCCCCAGCUUUUUGUUGGUUUGGUCUCCACAUUUUCUUUCCGGCUUUUGUUAUGCAGCUGCAGAGUCUGAAGGUGUGCCGCGUGCAGAAGUGAUCGAUGAAGAUCUGACAGAAGACCAACAACAAAAUCACCAUGUCAUGGAGGCUGUGGACCGCAUUUGUGUUGGACAAGUGGAGGUUGAGGUGGCUUUAGGAAGACACGUUUUCCAAAACCUUCAAAAUAGGCUGGUGCAGUUCUACCAACAACAGCCCUUGGACCUUGAUCAUAUUGACUUCCUCUGCGUGAACGCAUCAACUCUAGUCUGUUCUCUUUCUGCUCAUAUUAAUGUUCCAUCACUGGUAGUUGAAGCUCUUCACCACCUCAUCUGCCUCAUCCAUUCCAAUAUGGAUACAAGAAGGUCUGCCAUUGUUGUUGACAGCUCAGCUGGUGAACGGGGGAGGGCAAAGCUCUAUGUUUCCAAAGACCACCUCAAAGAUCUAAAAAAGAUGGACCUCUCCAUUCCUUGUAUCUCCAAGCUUUUGGGCAUAUCGCAGAAAACAGUCCGACGAAGAAUGGAAGAGUGGGGCCUCUUAAUAACGGCAACCUACAGCUCACUAUCAGAUGAUGAACUUGACAACUUAAUUGCAGCCAUAAAACAGGAAUCGAAAUAUCUGGGCUACAGAAUGGUUAAAGGAUGCCUCAGGGCACUUGGUCCACAGGGUGCAGUGGAACAGAGUAUGGGAUUACAUGCGUUGUGUUGACAGUGCUGGAAUCCUUGAAAGGAUGGCAAAUCUUGGAUGUGUUGUGUAACGGCCCUAGCUGGGCCUCCUGAUACUGCCCUUGUGUGGGCGUGGUGUUUUUCUCCGCCUCCUCCUCUCUUGCUCCACCCCUCUGUCUCUCUCUCGCUUCUUCUCUCUCCUCAGGACACAGCUGCUGCUCAUUGGCCUCAUUUACCACCUGGGCCCAGUCAUCAAUCACCUCUCUGAGGUUAUAUAAGCUGGGGAUGGACUGAAUGUGGGAGGGUGGCUUUCUCUGGUGUCUCUGCGGUGCGUGUUAUGUGUGUGAUUGUCCUGCCUACGGUGUGGAGUGGUAGGAGCAGUGGGAGAGGUUUCUGGUGGUUUUCCUCUGUGCUGGUCAGUGUGUGUUUCCAGCCUAGGUGUGGAAAAGGCCUGCUGUGUAGUGAUGGGCAGAUGAAGCUUCAUGAAGCACUGAAGCUUUUCAUCCAAUUGGUUCACCCCAACGCAAAGCUUCUUGAAGCUUCAUUUGCUCUAGUAGGACAUCUACUGGACGUAAAAAUAUUAGUUGGCAUUAAUUUGAAGAGUGUGGCAUUUUGCACACAGCCUGUAAAUGUCAGCAACAAAAGGAGUGUGUAAAAAAUGUAUAUUGUAGUUAUGACAGUAUACUGAGUAUAUUUAUACUGGCAGUAUGGAAUAUGAUUAUUUGGAAAUGCUUAAAAUGGAAA